AUGAAGAUCCUCGAGCUUCUGAGUACAUUGAUCGGUGACAUCUCACGAUUCCAUUUGAACUUCUGUGCUGUUGUGAAAAUGUCUAUGAUAGUCAGACAGGGCUGCCGUUUUCUCUUCAGUGACGUUCGCUUUCGUCCCAUUGGCCAGUUGGUUUGCACAGGCCUUAAAACCCGCCCACCUGCUAUUCAAAAAAUUUACGAUAAGUUGGAGCACCUCGAGACGUCAAUAGACCAAGAAGCGACGCCUGGUGCUAAUCUGCCCUUCAACGUCGAGAAACCUCGAGUCUUGGCCUUCAAAAUAAUUCUUUUCAUUGGGAUUGCUUUCAAUUUGCCCUUUUAUCUCAUCUACCGACAUAUGCGCAAGAACGCGGCGUCAUGA